GUUUUAUUAAAAUACUCCCAAAGAUAUAGGUCUCUUGACUACAAAUAAAAUGGAGGCCUUAGAAGUCGAUGACAUCAGUCCAGCCUUGGAAGUGACGGAAGACUUCUUCAGUACCUUUGAUGCUAAGCUGGAAAAUGUGCAGCCCCUGGAAGUUUAUGGCAUUCAGGAGAUUCCUGAACUGGUUGGAUGUGACGCAUUUAAUAAAAUCACAGCCUGUGGAGAUUUAAGGAACAUUACUUCUUUAGGGAAGAAUAACCUUGUUUGGGCACACUGCAAAAAUGGAGUUUCAGAAACCAAAGUAGAGGCUGCAUUUCCUACCAAAGAACAGUUUAGAGUGCAAAGGGGAAUGGUGCCAGACAAUCUCUCCUGGGCUGAACAGGGAGACACUUCAGCUCUUAAUAUCUUUAACAUCUGCCAGAAGAGGAAGAAUCGGCCCCGUUCUGUGAAUGAUGUUAUAGUCCAAAAUGAAGAAACUUCCUCUUUCAAGCCAGGCCAUAACCGGUCACAUUCUGAUAUUAGUCACAUAAAUUGGGGCCUCAUCUUUAAUAAUGCCUCUCCACAACAGCUGUCUAAUCAGGCGAGCCAGUGCUCUAAACAUUCAUUUACACCAACUGGAUUCAAAAAGGGAAAAGAUGUUCCAGGGAAUACUGAACACAAGCCUACAUAUUCAAAUAUCUUGAAGAAAGGGUAUGUAGAAAUUAAGAACAACCAUGGCAGUUACUGGCAGGCUUUUUAUGCAGAACUCUCUCCAUAUGAACUUUAUCUGUAUCAGCUUGACAAAAGCGGCAACCGGAACCUUCCAACAGUUUAUCUGCUUUUGCACUUCCAAAGCAUCAAUGUGGAAACCAGUGUAGUUGAUGCAGUCUUGUUCAAUAAUUUGCACCUGCAACUCAAAGCAGAAUCACCUUGGGAAGCUUUGGACUGGGGGCAAAAACUUCGGCAAGCUGUUCACUCUUCCGUUCCAUCGUUUCUGAGGCCAAAAGGAGACUUGGUGAACUCACGGAAGUUAGAUAAUGCUGAGAGCAGCCUCAUUCAAAACCAUGGUUUACAGAAGGAACCUGCUGAAUUGUUCCAGUUGACAUCUUUGACCCCAAACAUCAAGGAUUACCAAAGCAUUGUCAAAUCAGGGAUUCUUUACAGAUUGACUCUCCAGAAUAACUGGAAAGCGUUCCAUUUUGUACUCAGUGGGUCUCUUCUCAUGGCAUUUCAGAUUGGUGGGCUUGAUGAGGACCCUCUGUGGAGCUACAAUAUUGAGGCAUGCAUCUCUGUUCAAACUGAUAUUCUGGAUGAUUGUGACUCUUGCUUUCAAGUGAUCUUUCCUCAAGAUGUGCUUCGUCUCCGUGCAGAAACCCUUCAAAGAGCUCAGGAAUGGAUGGAGGCUUUGAAGGCUGCAACCAGAGCAGCGAGUUUAGGGCAAAACCUGCAGGUUACACUUAGAAACAAAGUUCAAGGCUUAUCUUGUGGAAAAGAACAUAGGAAGACCAAGCGCCAGUCUGUCACCACCAGUUUUCUGAGCAUUUUAACUACCUUGUCCUUGGAAAGAGGCCUGACUGCUCAGAGUUUCAAGUGUGCAGGUUGUCAGCGUUGCAUUGGCUUAAGCAAUGGGAAAGCAAAAGUAUGUAACUACAGUGGAUGGUAUUACUGCAACCUCUGUCACGUUGAUGAUACCUUUCUAAUUCCUGCACGGCUAGUUCAUAACUGGGACACUUCAAAAUACAAGGUAUCAAAGCAAGCCAAAGAGUUCCUGGAAUAUGUUUAUGAAGAGCCCCUGAUUGACAUUCAGCGAGAAAAUCCCAUAUUGUACAGACACGUUGAGCCAUUGGCAAGUGUGGCCCGUCUGAGACAGCAACUGAAAUCCCUCCGAGCCUAUUUAUUCAGCUGCAGAGCAGCAGUGGCCGAAGACCUGCGAAGGAGAAUUUUCCCCAGAGAGUAUCUUCUUCAGCAGAUCCAUCUAUAUUCUCUGGCAGAUCUACAGCAGGUUAUUGAAGGGAAGCUGGCCCCUUUCCUUGGGAAAGUAAUAAAAUUUGCUACCUCCCAUGUUUACAGCUGCAGCCUUUGUAGUCAAAAGGGAUUCAUCUGUGAGAUCUGUAAUAAUGGUGAAAUUCUGUACCCCUUUGAGGACAGUUCUACAAGCAGGUGUGAAAGCUGCAGUGCUGUCUUCCAUUCAGAAUGCAAAGAGAAGGCCGUUCCAUGCCCCAGGUGUGUGAGGAGAGAGCUACAGAUGAAGCAGAAAUCUUUUUGGAGAAGACUGAAUAUGGAUGAGAGCCUGGAAGAGGCCUGCAACAUGUUUGAAUUGUCCUGUCAGAAUACAUGAUCUGAAGGGGAAAUGUGACAACCUACACUCUUUCCCAGAAUGGAAUGAAUGCUUCUAAGGCACUGAUUCAUUGCCAGGGAGACUACUUUAGUACAAAAAAAGUGUAUAUGUAUCUUUUGUUCCUGAGUAGCUGGAGUUCAGAAUGCUAAGAAAAUCAAAGGCUAAACUCUAAUUAUGAACUGGUUAGGGAACCAACUGGUCUUAUACCAAAAGUAGUUUACUUGAAAUAUUUAUUAUUGACUGCAUUGAUUGCAUUCUCUUUGCAUUGAAAGAUCUCAUUAGCUUGUAUCUAUUACUGGACUUCCAGUGAUUUUUCUUUCUGGUAGAAAUAGAUGGCAUUGCUAUUUAAAGUUCACAAACUACUUAGGACAAUGUGCCUGUGGACAGGUAUUUGUAGAGCUUUUUGCAGCUUAGAAAGAUAAUUUAAUAAACCGCUUGUAUGAAUAUUUUCCCUGCUCAGAAUCAAGCCAGUUCCACUUUAGAAGCACGGCAUGGUAAUUGUCCUUACAACCUCUGUAAGCCCAGUGCUAAAACCUGCUUAGGUCUUAUGUUAAUAUGCACAAAUACUAGAGAAAUUGCUUUCAGUGGUGAAAUAUUCACAGUUGAAUACUUGUUCACAACACACUUAUUCACAAAUCAUUAAUUCAGAUUCUGAUUUUCCCACAUGUAACACCAUAAAGCUUAAAUAUUUAAUCACCUUUAAUGUUAAAUAAUGUACGUUGCUUUGCUCAUACCUUGUAGAAGACAUUUCCUGCAUUUGGAUGAUGGAACUGGAAUCUGACUCUUUGCUGCAUUUAACAUUCAUAUUCUAAUAGUAUAUAUACCAAGGCUCUGAGUACUGUAGCAGAAUCAGUAAGAACUUGAAUACUUCAUCCUGAAAGUGAGAUUACUUGCAUACUUUUAAAUUCUGCACUAAAAAGCGCCAGGACAUAUGCUUUAACCACUUAACAUGCAACAUUUGGAAGUAAUGAAAAUAUUACAAAAAUAGUUCUAAAUCAAUCUUUGGACUUUCAGUAUUCCUUUUUUUUGAUACAGCAAAGGGAAUAUUGGAAGUUUUUACUUCUGCUUUCAAUUAACCAUAGUUUAAUAUUAUAUUCCAGUCCAGAGAGCAACAGGGAUAAGUGUUUACUAUGAUUAAUUGAAACAAGCCAUCUUUAAACCUUGUUUUUAAUAUUUUCUUUGCUAUAGUGAAAGGAUAGUAUAAGCUUUAUCUGUAAUUAUAAAUCUGGCUUGUACUGGUAUAUAUUAAAUCAAGAGUAGCCACUUAAUUUGUGCAGGCAGCGGAACACAUAUUUCUUUCUCUACUUCCCCUCAAACUGCCAAGUUACUAUCUCUAGAAAUGGGCAUGUGUUAUGUUGAUUUGUUAUAGGCUGGCUGUGGCAAUUGUACAUUCGGAAGACAAUCAGCAGAGAGCUGGCAGUGACUAGGAGAACCACAGUGCAUGUUAUUUAAAUUUAUUUAUUUUAUUUAAUUGAUAAAGUCACCCAUCUCACACUUGUUGAUGUGCUGCUUGGUUCUUCUGGACCACUUGGCACCCAGUUUUUAUGUGCAAAUAGGCUAACUGCAAAUGAUGCUCCUAAGGAAUGGUCAUCUGCUUUAUUUUUUAAAUUACUUUCAUAUCUGCGCAGAGCCAUGCAUUUGUCAGUAAGCUGACGCCCAUAUAUUACAUUGUGAUUUGUUUUCAUUGCUUCUUUUAUUUAAACAUAAGUGAUAGAAGAGAGAGAGAAAGAAAGAAUGAGUGAUUGUGUAUUUGACUUUUCCAUAAUUUCCAGAAUCCAGAGCGAAGAAGAAGCUGGUAUAAAUAACCUGCUUUGUUUUGAUGUUUGCUUUUGGGAAAAGGAUAUCUUGGAACUUCCUAAUUAUUUUAAUUUUUAAGGUUUCCUAAUUAUUUUAUUUUUUAAAUUAUUUUAAUUUUUAAGGAUUCACUGGGCAAGUGAAUCAAGCAUGUGGAAUGUGUGUUUAUACCAGCUUUUUUCAAUGUAUUGUAAUGUUUUAUUAUUUUUGUACAUCUCCUUAAGUUUCCCCAUCAAUUUCUUCAUUUUAUCCAAUGAGUCAUUAAAAGUGAAGU